AGCAGCUCAGACCUCUGAAGAGGACAAAAACAUGGACACAAUCAUGCGAAGAAGUAAACUACAUUAUAUUUAAAUUAGGAAGAAAGAAGCCCUCCUCUUUUAAAGAUCAGUCCGCGGCACUUUCUAAAGCAGCGUGAGGCCUUUAGGGACCCUCGGAGAACGAAGUAGUUUGUACAGUGACCGUGCAUCAGCAGCAGGACGGGAUACAGUGCUCACAUCAAGGUGCAUCCGUGUGAAUGUCCACGUUGAACAAAGUGCAAGGUCCCCUCUCAGCUCAGAUAUGAGCAGCGACCAGCUCUAGACACCAAGCUCCCCACUUUUACUCCGCAUCUCACUUCAAUGUGCCUUUUUACACAUUUAUUUUGUAUAAGCUAAGUUAUAUUUUUGCACCGAAAAUGUCCUGCCUGUUGCUGGGAGUCAUACGAAGACAUGGUGGUGUUGGGGCAAGUGUCGGGGUCCGGUCCCUGGCCUCCUUCCCCUCACUGCCGCCGGCGGUGGCUGACUUUGUGAAGGGGGCGGUAGAUGAGUGUAAGCCUGCCCGCGUGCAUGUGGUGACGGGGACCCCGGAGGAGACGGCCAACAUCCUGGCAGGUCUGGAGAAGGAGGGGAUGGUCAAGAGGCUCAAGAAAUAUGACAACUGUUGGUUGGCGCGUACAGACCCAAAGGACGUGGCUCGUGUUGAGAGCAAGACUGUGAUUGUGACCAAGAACCAGAGAGACACCAUCCCCAUCCCCGCUGGGGGGGUGAAGAGUCAGCUGGGCAGCUGGAUGAGCAAUUCAGACUGGCAAACAGCCAGACAGGAGCGCUUCCCGGGCUGCAUGACCGGUCGCACCAUGUAUGUGAUUCCCUUCAGUAUGGGUCCUGUCGGCUCGCCUCUAUCUAAAUAUGGUGUCCAGGUGACUGACUCACCGUACGUCGUGGCCAGUAUGGGGAUCAUGACGCGCAUGGGCACCCCCGUCCUGAACAAACUGUCUGAAGGAGAGGAGUUUGUCCGCUGUCAGCACUCACUGGGACGACCUCUACCACUCAAAGCUCCCCUGAUAAACUCGUGGCCCUGUAACCCGGAGCAGGUGCUGAUUUCUCACCUGCCAGACACCCGGCAGAUCAUGUCCUUUGGCAGCGGCUACGGAGGAAACUCUCUCCUGGGGAAGAAGUGCUUCGCCCUCCGCAUCGCAUCCCGCAUCGCCAAGGACGAAGGCUGGCUGGCCGAGCACAUGCUGAUCCUGGGUAUCACCAACCCUCAGGGAGUGAAGCGGUACGUGGCAGCAGCCUUCCCCAGUGCUUGUGGUAAAACCAACCUGGCCAUGAUGAAACCGUCUCUGCCCGGCUGGAAGGUGGAGUGUGUGGGCGACGACAUUGCGUGGAUGAAGUUUGACAGCCAAGGGAGACUGAGAGCCAUCAACCCUGAGAACGGAUUCUUCGGCGUGGCUCCCGGCACCUCAGAUAAGACCAACCCCUACGCCAUGGCCACCAUCGCCAGAAACACCGUGUUCACCAACGUUGGCGAGACCAGCGAUGGAGGAGUGUGGUGGGAGGGCCUCGACCCCCCUGCCCCUGGUGUCUCACUCACAGACUGGCACGGCAAAUCCUGGAAGCACGGAAGCUCAACGCAGUGUGCCCACCCCAACUCCCGCUUCUGUGCCCCGGCGGCUCAGUGUCCCAUCAUUGACCCCCUGUGGGAGAGCGAGGAGGGCGUUCCCAUCGACGCCAUCAUCUUCGGAGGCAGGAGGCCUGAAGGAGUCCCUCUGGUUUACGAGUCUUUCAACUGGCAACACGGAGUCUUUGUUGGAGCCUCCAUGAGGUCUGAGGCCACGGCAGCUGCUGAGCAUCACGGCAAGGUGAUUAUGCACGACCCCUUCGCCAUGCGUCCGUUCUUCGGUUACAACUUUGGCGACUACCUCUCUCACUGGCUGAGCAUGGAGCGCCGUAAGGCCCCCACCCACCUGCCCAAGAUCUUCCACGUCAACUGGUUCAGAAAGGACCCCGCCACCGGCUCCUUCCUCUGGCCAGGCUUCGGCGAAAACGCCCGCGCACUGGAGUGGAUCUUCAGGCGCUGCAGCCGGGAGCGGGAGGACGAGGCGGCCAAGAAGAGCAUCAUCGGCUGGCUGCCAGAAGAUGGCGCCAUCGACACUAAAGGUCUGAGCGGCAGUGUGGAUAUGGGCGCUCUGUUCGAUGUGCCCAAGUCUUUCUGGCAGCAGGAGACGAAGGAGCUGAGAGCUUACUUCAGUCAGCAGGUCGGAGCCGAUCUGCCCGCUCAGGUGGAGGCGGAGCUGAAGGCGCUGGAGGACAGAGUGCACAAUUAAAACCCUACUGACAGGAAGUUCAUCCUGAAACAGGGAGGAAUUCACUGAUGGCAGGAUUCAGAUCAUUAUGGUGCAAUUAGAGUCACAGGCUUUGUUUACAUACACAGAAAAAAAGAAAGUUUUUACAAUGUGAGAUACGUACUGAUAAGCUAGUAUGAGCGCAACGCCUCAAAAAGACCAUCACCCAGGCCAGUAUUACACUUUCUCUGUGCAUGAAAACACAACCAGUGACUCUUGGCUUUCUCUUUUAUCAAGAGAAAUAUGUUGGGAAUUAAAUGUCCGAGAUAAAAAGCUAAUAAUUCAAUAACUUUGGACACGACUUCACACUAUAACUGUAACUCUGAGGUUUGACUCCACAUGAAGGCUAGAUUUUGUGUCAAGCUUGGUAUGUUGAGAAGCUAAUGCCACUACCUCCAUAUAUUCAUCUGCUAUGGUACUAAACAUGGCCAUUAAUGUGGCCUUAAAGUGCCUUUAAGACAUGUUUCCAAAACAAUGUCUAGGCUGCUAAUGUUAUAAGCUGGAGACCAAAUAUGUUUUUGGCAUUGUUCUAAAAAAAAGUUAUUAAAAAAAAAAGGAUUUUAAGUGAAUUUGGGCACCAGAUAUUUUAAUACAACAUUAACCAAGCCUCAACAAAUGGUCUUUUAUUUUGAAACAUUACAGCAGGAUUUACUAUGCAUAAUUCAUCUUGACACUUUUGUAAUGUCUGUGAUUAAAAUGUAUGAUUUCAGGGGAUGUUUACAUGUGAAAUGUUGGACCAAUAAAUGCAACUGAGAUUAUUAGGUUAUUUUUAGAAGUUGUAUGCCACGGUUUUUAUUACAGUGAAACAAAUAAAUACCUUCAAAUGCA